GUACCGCAAGUCGGUCUGUCUCUGGCCGAACCCGAUCGCUCUAUUUAACAUACCCUUCCUCGCGGCCGACUAAGCGGACUGCUUCAACCUUCCCAUCCUACAUUUGACGCGACCUGUCUCUCUAACAACAACAUGUCAGCCUCUCCUAAGGAAGUUCACUCAUCAAAUCAGCCACGGCCUCUAGCCUGCGUGCUGUGCCAGCGCCGGAAGGUGAAGUGCGAUCGGAAAUAUCCGUGUGCAAACUGCGUCAAGUCCAAAGAAAGAUGCAGUCCCAAUAUCCCAGCACCGGCGCGGAAGCGAAGGCAACCCAAUGCAGAGCUAAAGGCCAGACUCGCCCGAUGCGAAAAGCUUUUGGCCAAGUAUGUGGCAGCCAGCAAGGAGCCUCUGGAUUUUGACAAUAUGGACGCUCCGCGACAGUCCUCGAGCAUCCCGCAAUAUCAGAACAACGAAUUCAAUUGGAAACCUGCCGGAAAACUCGUAGUGGAAGGUGGAGCUGUGCGGUUCAUGGACAACUUCCUCUGGGCUACAGUUUACGAGGAGGCAUGA